AGUUCAGUCAAGUGGCUGAAUUUUGUUGUCCAAGUUUAAAUUUUUGUGUUUUUCCCUGGUCUUCUAUUUUUUUCAGUUUCCUGUUACAUUAAAAAUGACUGAUUAUGCCAAUCUUCGUAAAAUAGUUACGGGUGACAUUAUUAUUAAGUGCCGUUUUGGUAAUGACAUCCGUCGAAUUCCCAUUAACCAGGUACCAAAUUAUGAUGAGUUGUGUCUGAUGAUGUAUCGGGUAUUUAAGACAGAGAUAUCCAAACCCGAGAACAUAGUUUUAAAGUAUAUGGACAAUGAGGGAGAUAUGAUUAGCUUGUUGGAUGAUAUCGAUAUUAGCCAUGCUAUCUCAAUCAGCAGUCUACUUAAAAUUACAGUUUUUGACAAGGCAGGAACAUCUCAAUCGUCUUCUUCGUUGCAAGUCUCUCUGAUCGAGAUUCGCGACAGUCUAAACGAAUUGAUUCAAUUAUCUAAAGAGCCAGAGCCUAGUAAAGUAGCUGAGAAGAGCGAGGAAUCCAAAAUAACUCGUCGACUUACGCCAUCGGAAUUAGCUGAAUUUUUAAAUGCAACUGAAAAAAACGAAGAGGAUAAAAAAUCGCCAAUGACAGAGAAGUCAACCCCCGUUAUUUCGUCGUCGCAAGUUCCAUAUUAUCCACCUCCUCCCACCUCUCAAGUUCAAGUCAAACCGGCUCCUCAGUUACAACAGCAGCCUUCCAAUAUUCAAUAUAUCCAAAACCAAUUACCUAUCGGGGCUCCCCAACAGCAGCAAAGACCAAUUUCUCUGCAACAAAAUCCCCAAAGUGCCCCUCAACCUAACACUCAGUCAUCCUCAUAUCUUCCCCAGAAACAACAGUAUUCUGUCCCCAAUUAUCCUCCUGCACCCCCUCAAUCUAGCAAUAUAAAUUAUGACCCAAGAUUACAUCAUCAGCAGCAGGAGCAACCACAACAUCAACAGCAUCAACAGCAGCCACAACUCCAACAAACACAGCCACAGUUUCAGCAACAACAGCCUCAGCUUCAAAAACAACAACAACCAGGAAGACAAGGUUACUUUGUUCCCCCGCCACCCACUUCCAUGAACCCAACGCCUGCCACUCCCCAAUUACCCCCUCAGCCGUAUAGGCCUUCUACACAUUGGUAGUUAAUCACUUUUAUUUGAAAAAAAAGGAAAAUAAAGUUUAAUCAAUAUAUACGGGUAUACCAUAUAC